AUGGGCUCUUCUAUAUGUGUAAAUUGCACCACAAAAACUGAAGAAUCUGAUAUGCAACCAUUACCUUAAGCCUAAUAAAUUAUGUUUGAGUAUACAGAACUUUAAGAGAUUCCAGAGACAUCCAAACCCAAAGAUCAGUAAUAAUAAUAACAAUAACAAACAGAUACUUCGGAGGACAUAUCAAGUUCUGAGUUGAGAGGGAUAUUGAAGCAUAAUCUCUAACACACUAGAGAUCUUGGAAAUGCCAUUUAAGAUAACAGAUCUUCUACUGCAAUUCUUAAAUAAAGGAAGAAAGUUAAAUUUAGGAGAUCAUCAAAAUCAAUUUAAAGUGAUUGA